CUCUGGCCCCCCAGCAGCUGGUCAGCUUGGCAACCGCCCCCCCGCCCCGUCUUGAAGCCCCUAACUAGUCCCCUAUCCCUCCCCCUCCCCCAUUGAAGGAGCAGAAAGAGAAGCGAGAAGAGUGAGCUGAGAGAUUGAGAGAGAGGGAGAUAGACGGAGAUCUCGGGAGCAGACCGCAAGGUGAUUCCCUUUUCUGUCUGGUUCUCGUCUGGGGGGGCCCUGGCCGGGCAGCCCCCCCACAUUUCUCCUGCCCUGAAACACGGCUCUAGCCAACCUGCUCCGCUGCUUCACCUGCGAUCGUCUGUGUGGGGGCUGCACGGCGCCAGCCCCUCCAGCCCGCCAAGGCAUCGCGCUCCAACCUGUCAUGCCCAGCUGCGACCCCGGCCCGGGCGCUGCCUGCCUCCCCACCAAGACUUUCCGCAGCUACCUACCCCGCUGCCACCGAACUUACAGCUGCGUCCACUGCCGUGCGCACCUGGCCAAACACGAUGAGCUUAUUUCCAAGUCCUUUCAAGGGAGCCAUGGCCGAGCGUACCUGUUUAACUCAGUGGUCAACGUGGGCUGCGGGCCAGCUGAACAGCGCCUCCUGCUCACGGGGCUCCACUCGGUAGCUGAUAUUUUCUGUGAGAGCUGCAAAACCACGUUGGGCUGGAAAUAUGAACAAGCAUUUGAGACGAGCCAGAAGUACAAGGAAGGGAAGUACAUCAUUGAAAUGUCCCACAUGGUAAAGGACAACGGCUGGGACUGAGGGGCUCAAGCAGGCUAUGCCCUUCCUCCGCAUGCCCCAUCCUCCCUCUCACAUGCCCCCUGGUCCUGCCAAGCUGUCCAUACCAGCAUGAGUACUGUCCACCCCUGGGGGAAACCCGGCUCCAAUCAGCCCCUCCCCUGCCCUCACCUCAUCACUACCAGACCCCUUGCAGAAAAGGGGCUUGGAGUAUCCCAGGGGUGUUCAAGGCUCAGGGGUGGGCGGCCAUCAGGGAGACACAGACCGGGGGAGAAAAGGGGUGGCUAUGGGACCCCAAGGUCCGGAAUAUUAAGGCAGUGACCAGGUGUACUCAGGCAGAGGCGGCCAGGGGAGGAGUCAGCUUUUGCCUCACCAGCUCUUGACAGAACAGAGGACAACCUUGGCUCACAGGGCCGGUAGGACCCCGGCCACAGGAGAAUAGCAGAUGAGGAAACGCUUGGGUUCCAAUGGCAUGUGGGCCUCAGACACCAGGAGGGCCCAGACUCCCACAGAAGGGGAAGAGUUUCCCACCCCACCCCCAGUCAGUAGGUCGCAGGAGGACUUGGGGGUGGAAGGAGAAAUCACAAUCCCAGAUUCUGGGAAAACAUAAAAAGGCUCAGAGGGGUUUCCAUUUCACGCCACUUGGUAGUUGAUCUUGGCACUAAAAAGGCACUUUGAGUAGCUAAUCUGUGCUGUGGGACAGAGGAGACUGCCCCGGGGAAGUGCCCGCCCCCCACCUGUGUUGGCUGUCCCAGAGCAGGCAGUCCUGGUGGACAUUCCCAGGCCCUGCCACUGCUCCCUGGAGGGAAAAAGGGAGAAUCAGUGCUACGGGGCCGGUCUUUCCCGUGGCUGCCACCAGCGAAUGAUACUUUUGUAUGAUACAUAAAAUGUUUGGGUCUAUUUUUAAUAAAAAGGGGAAAAGCAACCUUGA